AUGCCGCUACAACUACUCCCCGCCUCUGCACAAGCAUUCGCGCCCCGAGCCCCGCCGACCAUCGUCCUCGGCACCAAGGUCGAGCAAUGGUUGACGCAGGCGCUGAAGCGCAUCAACCGCGUUAAGCGCCCGCUCAACAGCGUGCCCCAACACUACCGAAAUCUCACGGAAACUCUCGGCGGUGCUGGAGCGAUAUGGACGCUUACGUCGCUCAUGUUGCCCAAGGCGCCCGACGCCGAGCUGCGCAAGGACGACAACCCGUUAAUAGAGGCGCUCUUCAACUAUCAAUUGGUUCACGUCGAGGCCUACGUCGUCCAUGUCGACAUGGUGUCGCAGAUGGAAGUCGCCUUCAAACUGACGCCCGAGACCAUCGAAGCGCUCACCGAGUACCACAAGGACAUCUACUCCGCCGACACCUUUGCUGACACCUGGAGCUGGCCGGAGAAGGAGGCGCAAAUGAAGAAGUUGCAGGAUGAGUUUGUCCAAGCCGUCAACAAAUUUGUCUAUCGCACUGGUGUCCGCGUUCUGGAAGGUCUGGAAGAGGAUGGUGCGGGUGAGGUGCUCGACGGACGGACUAAGGAGGUCAAGACUCUGAUUGGCAACCUGUUUGUGCCGCUCCUGCCUCCUCCGCCGCGGAUCGUCGACGUGCUCCAUCCUACACCCAUGCUGACAUUGAACGUCAUGCCUGGGCAUUGGUGGACGCUGCCGCCAUCGCUCGCACCUCAACCCAUUCCGGUGGACUCGUGGAAGGUUCUGCCGUCGACGCCGUCGCCGACAGUAACAUCGUGCAGCGACACGCAGUCGAAUGCAUUCUGGCCGUCGGAGAUGAGCAGUCUUAGCGCCGCGCAACUCCCGUCGCCGACGCCAUCCUACAGCCAACCGACCAACUACACCUCGGCGCCGUUCUUCAGCUCGCCACAGGCAAUCACGUCCAUGCCCACCCUUCAGCUGCCCAGUACGAUACCAUCGCACUGCGGCACGGACUUGGGCAUGGGCCACUUCGACAGCUUCGGCUGGAGUGCGAGCUCGUUCCCAUCGCAAUACGCCACGGCCGUGUGA